UCGACUGCAGGCACAUUCAAGCAUUCCCGGUCGGCACGAUGAAGACCCUCUUCAUCUCGCUCGCCUUAUGCGCCAUUGUCGCCGCGGCACCUCGUGAACGACGUGAAGCUGUCUUGGCUGGUCACGGGUUUUACGGGGCUGGUCAUGGAACUUACGGUGGCCACGGAGCUUACGGUGCUCACGGAGCUUACGGAGCUUACGGUGGUCUAGCGGGCUACGGCGGUCACGGGGUCGCCGUUGCUGGACCGUUGCUGGGAGCGACCCACGUUGUGGGUCCGCACGUGGGCGCCACCGCAGUUUCCGCUCCGGCAAUUGGGCCGGCUCGAUUGACCGGAUCGAUCGCCGGUCCUGCUCACGUGUCUGGCGCCGUGGCCGGUCCAGCUGUCGUGACUGCUUCCGUAGCUGGUCCCGCUCACGUGGAAGGCUACGGUGGCCCGUACGACGGUGGCUACGCUGGUGAUCAUGUUGGAGGUUACGGAGGAUACGCAGCUGGUCCUGCUUACGGUUACGCGGGAUAUGCUGGAGGUCACGGGGGAUAUGCUGGAGGUCACGGUGGAUAUCACGGAGGUCACGGAGUGGUUGUAGCCGGACCGGCCAGCCACGGCGCGGUUCUCGCCGGACCUCAUUCCGGAAGCGCGGCUAUUGCUGGACCGCACGCUGGUUCGGUGGUGAUUGCCGGUCCUUCCGGUAAGAUCACGGCUCACGGAAGUGGUUACGGCGCCGCCAUUCACGCCGGACUCGGCCACGGCCACGGUCACUGGUAAAACACCCCUGCGAAAAGCUAAAAAAAAAUAAGAAAAAGAAUCACCUCUUUCCAAAUCUCGCCACGCCAAAGGUGUAGAAUGUCAUCCCUUAGGCGUCUUUUUCAAAGGGAGCUUAACAGAUACAUUAUAGACAUAUUUAAAGCUGCUAUGUAUAACACGACGGCGUUCGUCGCGCUUGAUACUUCUUAUUUACACGGUGCGCUCAUGGAUACUUACGUCUUUUUUUUGUGUGUAUGAAUGGAAUAAAUUCGCUUUCUUCUUCGAGAGGAGGCAUUUGUAA